UAUAACGCAUGUAUUUAAUGGAAAUUAGCAACUUUAAAUAAAUGUGUGUCAAGUUUAUGUAACAAUAAUUGACUACCGCAUAAAAAUUACACACUAAAUUAGCAAAAUUGUUCUAUUUUAAUUUAUAGUAAUAAUAAAAAGAGGAUGUUAUAAUUAAUACCAAAGUUUCCUAAAUUAUUUAGUACAAAAUAGUCUGUGAAUGGUAUCAAAGUAAACCAUGUCGUUCGGUGUAAAUAUUUGGUAUUUUUUACUUUUUCAAAAUAUUGUGUGUGCCGUUGAUAACGUAGCCAAUUUAAAAAUUGCUGGUAUUUUUGAAAAUAUCCAACUCCAUCAAACAGCAUUCACAUACUCUCACAACAUUUACAAAAAUAAAAAAACUCAGAAGGAUGCCGACUUAUCGUACAUUAUCGACCCGUACAUUCUCAGAGAUGAACCUUUUACGGCUUAUAAAGGGACUUGUUCCUUUCUGAAACAAAGCAUAGUAGGUGUUUUCGGACCCCAAUCUACUCUCAACCUUGACAUAGUACAAUCAAUAACGGACAGAAAGGAUAUACCUCACAUUCUAACUAGAUGGACCAAUCCAUCGCAAAUAGGUUUGCACACCAUAAAUUUUUUUCCGAAUCCAGACAGGCUGGCUGAUGGUUUUCUGGAUAUUGUUAAAGCACUAGAAUGGAAUAGUUUUACAAUCUUGUACACUGAUGCAGAAAAUUUGCUACAAAUUAACGAAUUCAUUAGAAAGGCAAAGGAUGACGGCAUAAUAGUUUACCUUGAAAAUGUUGAUCCCCUAUAUAAUGGGGAUUUCAGACCAUCACUCCGUAACGCAGGAAGAUCAGGACAAAAAAAUUUUGUGUUAGAUUGUCCUAUUUGGCACUUAAAAAUUUUGCUUACCCAACUCCAGCAAGUUGGACUCUUGACAGCAGAAUAUAACUAUUUUUUAACUAAUAUGGAUGCGCACACGGAAGAUUUAACCCCUUUCCAAUAUAGCGAUGCUGUUAUUACAGGGGUGCAUUUGAUUAAAGAUAAAGACGAAAUGGCACAAAGAGCUUCGAAAGAACUUUGUCACAUCUAUAACAUUACGUUUAGACUGGAAUGUGGAAAACCACAGUUAGAUGUUGAAACGGCUUUGAUAAUAGAUUCGGUUAGCGUAUUUAUGCAGACACUUAAUGCUCUAGAAAUUACUCAAGGUCAAUAUUUAGACUGUGAUACAGACGAGGAAUGGACACAAGGGCUUAAUAUCAUAAAUGCUCUAAAAUCAGGUACAUUUGAGGGUGUUACAGGACAAAUUGAAUUCAAUAACGAUGGUUUUAGAAAAACUUUCCAGUUAACGAUUUACCAAAUAGGUGACGAUUUCUACAACAGAGGAACUUGGAACACUUCUGAUGGUUUAAGCGAAGAUAUAGAGUUAACAUUUUCAGAAGAAAGUGAUGACGACGGCGAUCUUAUAAAUAAGGAGCUUACGGUGCUGAUUGCUUUAACUGAACCAUACGCACGUUUGAAAGAGUCUGCUUUCCACCUCAAAGGAAAUGAUAGAUUUGAAGGCUUUGCAAUUGAUUUGAUCGAAGAAAUGGCACUCUUAGAGGGUUUCGCUUAUACUCUUGUGGUAAGAGAAGAUCACAAACAUGGAUAUUUUGAUUCCAGAACUGGAAAAUGGAAUGGAAUGAUAGGGGAUAUUAUAGAAGGGAAAGCUGAUUUGGCUAUUUCUGACUUAACAAUUAACAAGGAAAGAAUAGAACCCGUAGAGUUUACACACCCUUUCAUGACUGUUGGUAUAGGCAUUCUGUUCCGAAAACCCGUAGCUGUCCCUCCAGGGUUCUUCCACUUUGCUCAACCAUUUUCUCUUACAUUCUGGCAAUAUUUGGGCGUUUCCUAUUUAAUAAUGGUCGUUUCUUUAUUUUUGAUCGGAAGAUUAUCUCCAGAAGAAUGGCAAAGGCCACAUACAUGCAAAAGUGACAAGAAUUAUUUGAUUAACGAAUUAUCCUUUUUGAACUCCUUAUGGUUUGUAGCUGCUGGGCUUUUUAGACAACCCACAAAUGUGAAAAUAAAUUCCAUAGCAGCAAAGAUUAUUGCAGGAGCUUGGUAUAUUUACUGUUUCAUACUUUUCGCAAUGUACAUUUCAUACUCCUUCGCUCAAACGGCUACUGAAGAAAAAGAGGAAUUAUUCGACGAUGUAGAAGGUCUUCUAAAGAACGCUGAAAGCAUGGGCAUCAAAUUUGGAGCAUUAAAAAAUGGUGCUACUGAAGAAUUCUUUAAAAAUUCCAAAUCAGAAAUUUAUCAAGAAGUAGCUACUUACAUGAAAGAACAUCCAGAUCAAAUGGUUGACAACACAUUAGACGGAAUAGAAAAAGCUUUAAACGGAAACUAUGCAUUUUUCAUGGAAUCUGCAACCAUAGAAUAUACGAUAAGGAGACAUUGUAACAUGACUAGCUAUGGAGGACUUUUAGAUAGUAAAGGAUUUGGUAUUGCAGUAAGAAAAGGAACACCAUAUCUAGGAAUCUUAAACAAAGCUAUAACAAAAUUACAAGCAUCUGGAGAACUUAUGAGACUUAAAAAGAUUUGGUGGGAAGAAAAAUAUGCUGGAGAUAUGUGUAUCGAUGAAGAUGCUUUAAUUAUAGAAGACAAAACAGCAUUCCAUAUCGAAGGAUUACUCUUUAUUACAUUUUUGGGAACCGGAGUUGCUUUAGUUUUAUCUAUCUUCGAAUUUACAAUUUACGCAUUUAGAUUGAGCAAAAGAAUUAAAUCGCCUUUUGGUAAAACAUUUGGGGAAGAAUUUAAGAAGUGUUUUGGAAAAAACCAUACUGUACAAAAUGUCGAAGAAAUAGCUUUGACCAAACCUGAAAAUGGGAAUAGUUCUAACAAAGAAAAUGCUUAAGUAUAUUUGGUAGCUUGUAUAUAAUUGAAAUAAAUAUAUUACUUGUUAUUAUUUGUGAUUAUUUGAUAUGUUUUUUCAUCAAUUAUUACAAUUUUGUUAAAAUCUUUUUACCUAAAAUUAGAAACAGAAUUUUUUAACUAUUGAAUUACAUAUAAGUAGUUUUAUUUUCGAUUUCUCCUCUUCGUAUUCCGACGUAGUUCGGUAUUAAUU